CUUGGAAACUUGAGUAAAUUGAGGAUUUAGAAAGAGUAUAUAGCGAUGGAUAUUUCAGAGGUUCGUAAGGCUCAUAAAGUUCUUCAAAAGGCGUUUCAAGAAGGGAAUCAAAUGUUAAUUAUUGAUAUAUUAAGGCUUUUAAAGAAUAAAGUUGUAGUAUCAGAGGCGCUUGUUGAUACAAAGGUGGGAGUUACAAUUGGAAAAUUAAGGAAUUAUUCGGAGAAAUAUGUAGCAGAUUUAGCUAAGGAGAUUUCUAAGAAAUGGAAGGGAGAUUUUAGUGCUUUGAAGAAAGCUUCUUUAGUGAAAAAUACAUCAGAAAUGGGGAAAAUGUCAGCAACAACCUCUACGUCAAAUACGUCAGAAAAAACAAGAAAUAUGGGAUCAAAAUGUAUUAAAAAUGAUAUUACAGGGGAUAAAGUUAGAGACAAUUGUAUUUCAUUGAUUUAUACUGCAUUGGUUAGUGAUUCAGAAGAUUUGAAGGAAGAAAUUUUUUCAAAAGCAAAAGCUAUUGAUGAAUUUGUUUUUGCCUCUUGUUCACAUAAAACAGAUGAUACAUAUAGACAAAAGAUGAGAUCUUUGUUAUUAAAUUUAAAGGAUAAAAAUAAUCCUGGUUUGAGAGAAAAUGUUGUUAAUGGUGAAUUGAGUAUACCACGGCUUUGUACAAUGACACCACAAGAAAUGGCAUCAAAAGAACGGAAGGAGGAAAUUAAAAAACUGGAAGAGAUGAAUCUUUUUAAAGCACGAGGGCCUAAGCCAAUAAAAGCGGUAACUGAUUUAUUUCAGUGUGGAAAAUGUAAACAGAGAAAAGUUUCAUAUUACCAAAUGCAAACCCGAAGAGCAGAUGAGCCAAUGACUACUUUCUAUGAAUGCCAAGUUUGUGAUAAUCGGUGGAAAACAUAAUUAUUGUAUAUAUCAAUACAAUGUGUUGUAAAAAUGACAAUCUGCA